AUGAGGUGCAUUGAGAGGGAAAGAGAAGCACUCCUUGCUAUCAAACAGAAGCUCGUGGAUGACUACAAUGUCCUCUCCUCAUGGGGAAGAGAAGAACACAAGCAAGAUUGUUGUAAAUGGGUUGGCGUCCACUGCAGCAACCGCACCAACCAUGUUACUCAACUUAAUCUUGGAAGGGAACGUUUGGAUCAAGCUUACUCACUUCAACAGAAAGGAGACCCGCAGGAAAUCAAAUAUUAUUUGCAAGGUAUGAUGAGUCCUAAACUGAUUGAGUUGCAGCAUUUGAAAUAUUUGGACCUUUCGGAAAUUAACUUUCAUGGGGCCCAACUUCCAGAUUUCGUUGGUAAUCUUUCCAAUUUAAGACACCUCGAUAUCUCUCGUGCUUCUUUUGGUGGUCGAGUUCCAAGUCAGGUUGGAAACCUCACCCACUUGCAAUUUCUCGAUCUCAGCUACAAUGCCUUUGCUAAUGUAGAAAAUUUGAAUUCAUGGCUCCCUCUUCUUUCUUCUUUAACAUAUUUGGACCUGAGUUACAACAAUCUUCGUAAUGUUCCUGACUGGCUGGAAAUAGUUAAUAACCACCCUAAACUUACAAACUUGACAUUGGCUAAAUGUGGUCUUUCUUCACCUCCAAUUCAUUCCAGUACUCUUUUUAACAUGAAUUCUUCUAAAUCUCUUGCUCAUGUUGAUCUCAGUAACAACCAAUUCACUUCUCCUUCAAUAUUCUUAUGGUUGUCAAACUACAAUGCCAGUCUUGUUCAUCUUGACCUCUCUUCGAACAGUUUAACUGGUUUAAUUCCCCAAGUUUUUGGAAACAUGAGCUCUCUUGUCUAUCUAUCUCUCUCUAAUAACCACAUUGAAGGAGGGAUUCCGCAAUCUUUUUCCAGGUUAUGUAAUCUGCAAGAAUUGCGCCUUUCCAACAACACUUUGAAUGGACGGCUUUCUAAGUUGGUUCAAAUGUUAAUGUCUACAUGUCCAAAUCAAAACUCAUUAGAGACUUUAAGACUCUCAUACAAUCAUCUUUCUGGAUCAAUUCCUAAUCUCACAAACUUUUCAUCGUUGAAAGGAUUAGAUCUCUAUGAAAAUCAAUUGAAAGGAACAAUACCUGAAAGCAUUGGGCAAAUGUCUAAUUUGGAGUACAUGUAUUUGGAUAUGAAUGCUUUGGAAGGUGUGGUUUCGGAAAGCCACUUCUCCAAUCUCUCUAGAUUAACAUCUUUGUAUUUGUCCUCCAAUUCACUGGCUUUAAGCUUCAAUUCUAAUUGGGUUCCACCUUUUCAAUUGGACACUAUAGUUUUGGGGUCAUGUAAGAUGGGUCCAUAUUUUCCAAAGGGGUUUCUCCAUUUUAAUCCUUAA